AUGAUUCAAGAUGAUGAGCCUGUGAAAGCUCCAACUUCUUCAUCUACACCUGAUGGUCUCGCUGGCCAGGUCUAUGGACUUCUUCAAAGCAUACAAAACAGCCUCAAAUGGAAAGAAAGAGAUGCAGAGGAUGCUACAGAUUCCAGCCGACCGCAUCAUCGAGGUAAACGUUUCAUCUCUUAUGAGAGAUACCUGGAGAUGAUGGUGGUUGCCGAUCAUAAGAUGGUGGAACAUCAUGGAAGAGGAGUUCAACUCUAUGUCUUGACGUUGGUUGCAGUGGUCAGCAAGAUAUUUCGUGAUCCCAGUAUAGGCAAUGCCAUCAAUGUUACAUUAGUGGAGCUCAGAAUACUACAAAGUGUGAAUGAUGGACCUCACAUUUCCUCCAAUGCUCCUGCGACCCUCAAGAACUUCUGCACCUGGCAACAGCAGCAGAACCAGGCGGAGGACAGUCAUCCUCAUCACUACGACACUGCCAUCCUCCUCACCAGGUAUGUUAUACAUUGUAAUAGAACAACUACCCUGUGAAGACAAAGUUCUUCUGGAUAGGAUUCUUGUCUGAAAACAAUCUUCUGGAGCACAUCUCAACCAGAGGAGAGCCUCCUGAAAAAUUGUUUGAGGAAAAUUGGCCAGUCCCUGGAUUUCUUGUCUCAAUAGGGGAGUUGUCCUCAAAACAGAUACAGAUCUUUAUUAAGGCUUUGUUUUCAUGAGAAAUAUAACCAUCAGUGAAUUAUAGAUAGAAGACAUUGGAUACUGAAAUUGACUCCUUUGAGACUGAAUCUUUCAUAAGAUUAUGGUUUCUGUUGGUGUCUUAGAGUUCAAUGCCUUGAUGAAUUCAUCUGUUGUCACAUGAUUCUGUGAUGUCUUUGUGAUGUGGAGCAAAUCAUGAAAGCUAUUUGCAUUAAAUGUAUUAAUGACAUGUUGUGCAUCGUAUAGGGAUGAUUGUAAGUAUUUAUAUAUAUGUUUGGUUAUGAAGUCAUGAAAUCAAUGUUUACUUUAGUGUUAACCCAUUGCCAACUCAAUCAGAGUGGUCCCUGUAUUAAGCCUAUACAGAUGACAGACUUUUGAUAAAGUUCUGCAUGUGUUCAAGAGUCCUGUAAGGAUACCAAUAGCUGGAAAGUCAAGAAGAUAAUUAGGACACUUGUGGAGUGGGCAGUCAUAAAACACUUGAAGACACCAGAUAGGAAUGUGUGAAUGAUGACACUUUGAAAUGAAUGAAGGUGAAGGGUCAGGGCUAUUGCUGCAGACACUGAAGAGCGAUGAGUUAUUUUGAAUUGACUGUCGGUGAAAAUUGAUACAAGUUGUAAGUAAGAAGUCUAGGUGAGACUUGAAAUAGGGAAUGUUUCAUCUAUUGUGUGAUGCUUGCCUAUGUAAAAUACAUUAGAACCCAUAAUAUAAUCAUGAGAGAGUCAGAAAUGAAAAAAAUAGAGUUUCAAAUUGCACAAUUAUAUUGUUAUUCCUGAGAACUUUGUUUUAUUUGACUGGAAUUAAAAGGUAAAAGUUAACACAAAGCAGGACAUAAUACAAUCCUAGAAAAUUAUCAAAAUCAAAUCUCGGUCAAAAGAGCAUAACAUUAGAUUUUCAAAAUGGUAUUAAUGUAGAGAAUCUCCUUCUUGCCAGAAUGUAAAGUGUUUUUUCAGUUCAAGAUUUUUGAAUGUUCAGAGGUCUGUAACAUACCAUAGGAUACAUGCAAUUUUCUUCUAAGCUCUUCGCGUCAUACCUUCUCCUAUAAUGUCUUUGUGGAUUGAUACCUGUUUAAUCUUUGUCAAAUACCGUGGCACCAAGGCAUCAUGGAUGCCAGACAGUAUCCGUGAUAGAGAGAACCGGUGCCGUGGCACAAAGUACUAAUUGCAUUAUAACGUGCAUAUGUUAUUCACCUGAAGAUGAACUUGAAGAUGAACGAGUCUGAUUGAAUUUCCCUGUGGCACCGACAAGACAUUAGCGCGCCUGUCAUCAGGGCUUACUCAUGCAUGCAGCGAUCGUCUGCCUUAGUGUGUGACUAGCCAGGAAUGUGACAAAGGUGUUGCCGCCACCGUCGCGUCUUGGCCAGACCAUCAGGUUGAGAAAUGAGAAUGAAUAUUACUUGGAAGAGCUGUUUGACUUUUCCCUUCUUACAUCUAAUGAUGGACUAUUGAAACUGAACUUGAUUAUGUCUGCACAUUAAUCUUCAAGUGACAUCAGUCUUGCUGUCAGUGGGCUGGUGAUCAUUGAAUUUUGUUUUAGGUCUUUGCUUCAUCUGAACUUGCCUCAGAGAACAUUAAACGUAUCUUCCAGUACUGGAAAUGAUCGUAAAAUGAAUUAGAGUGUACUUCCAGUAAAAUGACCAUGAAGUCUUUGAAUUUAUGAAUAAUAUGUUACCAAACUAUUCUAGUAGAAGAUGAGCACAUUAGUUGUGAGAAAUAAGCAAAAUAAGCUUUUCAAUUUAAUAUCAGAUUUACAUUCAAGCAAUGUAAAUACAGUGCUUAUUGCUUUAUACCUGUAUUGUUGAUUUCCUGUGUACGCUGUUUUAAUUAAGCUUAUAACCAUUUCACAGCUUUGAAUGACUUGUAAAUAUCUUCCUACUGGUAUUGAUUCAUCAUUUACAUGUUAUCAAAAGUCAGAAGAAAUGCUAGUUUUAUUGAAAAUAAUCAAGCUGCAUUACUAUUGUAAAGAUUCCAUAAUUUUUUUACUGUGAUUGAUAGUCAUGCAGGAGAUUUGGUAGCGUUUUCAACGGUUGCUGUUUUACCCUCUUUGUACUGCAUUUAACAAAAUGUAGCAGGUGUAUUUGUCCAAUUGUCUUGUGGUUUCUUAGUAUUUAAUGCCGUUUUUUGUCACAAAGAAGCUGCUGACCUGUUACAGGUUAACCAGAUAGGUGAUAACUGAUUGAUUAAUUUGUAGGAGUAAAUAGGUAAUUAGCACCCACCAUCAAGAUUAAUGAACUAGGUACACAGUAUAAGUAUGGAUAAUGCGGCAACGGAAGGUGUGAAUGAUGACUCUGGUUUUGAAUUCCAGGAUAUCAUUACCUUCUUAUUAAAUCCAUUGCUCAUUGUUGAGGUGACUCACUCUAUGAUCCCUGGACCACAAAUAUUUGUUUAUUUGAAUCUUGAAGUAACAAAAAUGCAGCUGGGAAUAUAGAGAUGUUGAUUUAAGAAAAGGAAAUUUAGAUUGGUGAUUGGAUUAAUUAACUUUAAUUUCAUUCUUUAAAUCUAUUUCACUGAUUUCGCUAUAAAGUGCAAAAUGUAAAUGUAUGAAAUAUUAGUUUUGAUCUUUAGAAUGCGUGGGGAUUCUUUUCUCAAUUUCAUUUUGAUAUUUUUCUUGAAGGCAUCUUUCUGCAAUAGUGUAUUUUUAUACCUUCAAACCCUCUGGUCCUUUGCGUUCUGUUGACCUUUGACCUUUAUUCCAUCCUACAUUUGUCAACACAAUGGAGAUAAAAUCUGUAAGCUCAUUUUGGAAAGGGGAAACUAUUGAGUUUAUUUUCUAACGUGGAUGAAUUUCUGUAAUUGUUCAAAGUUUUGGAAACAACAUACCUGGAAUUUAAUCCAAACCAUAUUUUUUUUAAUGAACCCCAUUGCUCUUUCUUACUCAUGCCUGGGAGAUAUAUUGGUUCUGUUUUUGCUACAGAGAUUGUUUAUGUCCAAUACAUGUUGGCCUGCUGAUGUUCUUGAGUAACCCUUUCCUUUGGCUUUACUUGUAACCAUGGUAACUGCACAUCUUCAUACCACCAGUGAACCGAUAAACAGGUUCAUUUGGUGCCCUGACCGCUGUCCUACUUUUGAUUUCUACACAUCGUCUUGGUGGUGAGGGCCUUUGAGCUGACGUUCGUUUUGUCCAUCCCUCUGCCCUGUCACGGUGAUGUAGGACGGUGAUGUAGGACGAGGCACUGCCUCGGAGGGAACAUUCCUUCACAUUAGGGCUCUAGGUAAUAUUGAACAAUCCAAUAGGGAAAAUUCAAAAGGAAUUUUUCUCUAUUCAGUCCAAUGCAAACAGGAAACUUAUCCCAGUACAGCUCUUAAUCGCCUCCAAUGAAUAAAGCCAAGAUUGUAUUGUGCCUACUAAAGGGUGUGAUUCAAUACAUCAUUAUCCCUAGCAAAGUACACAAUCUUGUGAUUGAUAAUUUUACUUGAUUUUUCUGAUAAUCAUUUUAAAAAAGACCAAUGUAUGCCCAUCCGUCAAUUAUGUAUCCCUCUGAUACCUCUGAGUCUUUGGAUAAUUUCAUUGUUGCAGUUCUAAAGAUAAUAUUUAUAUCAAUAUAGAAAAGAACUGUCAGAAUAUUUUUUGAAGAUUUAUUGUGCUAUUUGAAGAGCAUCGUGAAUGAAUGUGCCAAUCUGUCUUGAGUGAUUUUAUUGGAAUCCAGCUUAUUACAUCAAGUUGAUAUUGAUAUCCUGGAUAAUUGUUUUGAGUUACCAGAUAUGUAUCAUUAACCAAGCGAAGAGAUAGAGUAGUAGUAGAAAAGUGUGAGAUAUGUAGGCCUAUGUAUUUGUAGACUGAUCGAUUCAUCUUUCUGUCUAGUUUCUAUCUAUCUAUUUAUCUAUCCAUCUAUCUAUCUAUCUAUCUAUCUAUCUAUCUAUCUAUCUAUCUAUCUAUCUAUCUAUCUAUCUAUCUAUCUAUCUAUCUAUCUAUCUAUCUAUCUAUCUAUCUAUCUAUCUAUCUAUCUAUCUAUCUAUCUAUCUAUCUAUCUAUCUAUCUAUCUAUCUAUCUAUCUAUCUAUCUAUCUAUCUAUCUAUCUAUCUAUCUAUCUAUCUAUCUAUCUAUCUAUCUAUCUAUCUGUAUUGAUAGAUAGACUGGAGAGAUUGAUGAGAAAGAGAGACAUAUAGACAGAGAAAUGAAAGAAAUAAUUAUAUUUGUGUUCAAUGUAUGAAUAUUUCUUUAAAAAUAGUGUGGGAAGAGCCCACCCAAGCCAUGAGGCAGGCUCAUUCAGCUUUUU